AUGACAUCUUCACUUAGCUCUCUCACAACUGGAAACGCCAUUCCCACACCCACGGCUUGCAUAGGCGACGUCACGCUCAACGAUAUAGAUCGCGCUGGGUUCUCAGGCCAAGUCUGCCAAGUCAAUGUCCGUCCUGACGACGUCAACAUCACAUCGUGCUGCAACCAAGGUUCCGAGGUGCGCCUCAAGGACAACUGCACGCAAUUCUGCGAGGCAGACGACCGAAAUGACUUCUCCAACUGCAUCAAUGGCAUGAUUCCGGCAUCUCGCCCUUUCCUUGAGAGUCUAUGCGUAAAGUUGAGCGGAGACGCGAGUGCGUCUGGUUCGGAGACUGGUGCCAGGGAGACUUCAACACCGACUUCCACGGACGAAUCUGGAAACGGAGCCCAGGAAACUGGUACCGAUGGUGAUGAGGGAAUUGCGGCUCAGAACUAUGGACGACGCUCAAUACCACUCGUAGCUACAGCUAUUACUGUGGCAGUGGUGUUUCUGGGUUGGCUGUGAAAUUGAACAACUGGUGUGAGGUGUUUUGCGCAUUCCUGUCAGCGUAAAACUUAUGUAUAUCUACUGUGUAUUUCUACGUGACGUUAUAAGAUGUUGGAUGGGCGGACCAAGGUCUCGAGUAUAUUUUAGGUUGUGGUCAUUUUAGCAAUCGUGAGCGUUGGCGAGAUGUUAUAUGCGGAUGGAGCAGUGUUGCAACUGAUAGUGGGAUUUUUAUCACUGAAAAAGCAACCGAUAUUGAUGUAAC